UUUCAUUUUCUUAUUCUUACACACACACAGAGCCACAUUGAUUCACUCCACCCACCAUAAAAAAGCUUCAAACUUUUUCCACCCCAUUUCUUCUUCUCUUCUUAAUCACCGAUCUGCGGUUGUUGGGUAAACAAAACAACGGUUCUCGACGAUGAUAAGGAGCAUAAUCCAAGACAUGAGGUCUCGUUCUCACCGCGUGGUUCAGGACUUGUCUUCCAUGGAAGAAGAUUCAGCACUUUCAGAGUUGAUCUCCGACGAUGGGUUGAGGCAGAGUUGCUGGGCGCAGAUGCCGCAGGAGCUGCUCAGAGAGGUGCUCAUCAGGAUCGAGCCUGGUCCAAGGGAGCAUCUCCUCCAGUGCUUUAUAAGGCGCAACCGGUCCACCCAAACAUACUAUUUGUAUCUUAGCUUAUCUAAUACACUAUCUGAAGAUGGCAAGUUCCUUUUGGCUGCACGCAAAUGCAGACGUCCCACCUGCACAGAUUAUAUCAUCUCUCUGCAUGCAGACGACAUGUCAAAGGGAAGCAACACCUAUGUUGGAAAACUGAGAUCAAAUUUUCUCGGAACCAAGUUCACAAUCUAUGAUGGGCAGCCUCCCCAUGCCCGGGCAAAGAUUACAAAAAGUCGCUCCACCAGGCUGGUGAAUUUAAAACAAGUUGCACCCAAGGUUCCUACAGGCAAUUAUCCAGUGGCUCACAUAUCAUAUGAAUUGAAUGUGCUAGGCUCUAGGGGGCCUAGGAGAAUGAACUGCAUCAUGGAUUCCCUUCCUGCUUCAGCAAUUGAACCGGGAGGGGUGGCCCCUACACAGACCGAGUUUUCCCUCAGCAAUGCAGAUAUGUUCCCCACAUUCCCUUUUUUUCGAUCGAGGUCAAAUCGUGUUGACAACUCCCUUUCUGGACCCCUGGCUGAUCAAAAGGAUGGGGUUCUGGUGUUAAAAAACAAGGCUCCCAGGUGGCACGAGCAGCUGCAGUGUUGGUGCUUGAACUUUCAUGGGCGGGUGACAAUUGCUUCGGUUAAAAACUUUCAGCUGGUGGCUUCCCCAGAAAAUGGACCUGCUGGACCAGAACAUGAUAAGAUCAUACUCCAAUUUGGAAAAGUUGGGAAGGAUCUGUUUACAAUGGAUUAUCGAUAUCCUAUCUCAGCAUUUCAGGCAUUUGCAAUCUGCCUCAGCAGCUUUGAUACCAAGAUUGCAUGUGAAUGACAUUUGAACAGCUCUCAGCCAUAUUGAUAUUGCUAUGAUGCUGGAGAAGCUAGGUUUGAAUCCCACUUGGUGGGAAUCUAUCUCUAGAAAACCGUUUGGUAAAGGUGAUUGUUGGUUGGUGUUGAAACUGAGGUUGAAUGGAUGAGUUUCACUUGGUUCCUGGGAUCACAAGCUUCUGGGGAAGGUCACAACAUCAGAUGAAAUUGUAAUGUUCCAAUGUUGAAUCCAGUUCUCCAUGUAAAUAAAUUUAAUUCUUUUUUUUUUUAACUCUUUAUUUCCUUACAAUUUGCCCUCCAUUUGGUUGUUUAUACAAUACAGUGGUGGUAUCUGUUGAGAUUAUUAUGUUAGUAGGAGUAACUGCUGCAACUUUGGAUAGCCCUGACUUCAUCCUCUCAUAUGAACAUAUUAAGUGUGCAAGAGCACAAUUUCAAAAAGUUGUUUCCUCUACUUU